AUGAUCGCAGGCAAUCGGUUCAACGGCUGGCUUUCGACAUCACGCAACCCCAACGAAGCACGCGACACCCGCGUCGAUGCCGGCAGCACAUUGGUAGCACGCAGCCAUUACUAUCACCUCGACCACGACGAAGAUAUCGAUGGAUCUGAAGGACCUGGUUGUCAAGAAGGACUGCAGGUUGCGCAUAUUGUACCACAGGCUGAACUGGACUGGUGGAUGGCCAACAGCAUAUCUCCCUACAAUCGCAGUUUGACCAACAGCAUAGACGAUACGGGCAAUGCGAUGCUCUUGCGAGCUGACCUUCACAUUGCCUUUGACAAGCCCCGGUUCGUCUUUGUGCCAAAGCCAUCGGGUGACAACGGUGUGAUGCGGUUAGUCCUCCAUCUGCUCGAGCCUUCAGCAGAGCUCGAGCACCUCUACCACAACCGUGAGCUGCACCCGUCAGACGUUGGCGGGGAGACGCUUUUCGCGCGCUUCGCAUGGACGCUGUUCCCACUGCUGGAAGCUUUCCUCUCGUGUAAAGAGGACCGCCGCUUGACUGUUCGCACCACCGAUCACGACCAGAUCCUCGAUCGUGGAUACUUUCCAGCCGCCGCCUGUGAUCGGUUCUCCACUUUGUCAGGUAGGACGCGGUCGAAAAGCCCGAAAAAGCGCAAACUGGAUGAGGGCGUG